AUAAGGCAUGCGACCAGUUACCGUUUCUUAAAAACUAAUCCAAAUUCACUUUGUAUUGUCCAAUAGUCAGGCGCUAAUAAAAUCAUCAAGGAAAUGGCAACAUGUGCUGCCAGACAAGGAAAACGAGCCAAAGUUAUCCUGUCUAAUGUUACAAACGUCUACAAAAACCUCGCUCUGGAACAUUGGAUCUUGAACAAUUGGAGUUUUGCCAAUUUUGACUGUUUGUUGAUUUACCGGAAUGAGCCGUGCGUUGUGAUUGGGAGAUUUCAGAACACGUGGAGGGAAGUUAACGUCGACAGGGCCAAAAAAGAUGGAGUCAGUAUAGCCAGAAGAGUAAGUGGUGGAGGGACAGUUUACCAUGAUUUGGGGAACGUUAACUUCUCUUUCUUCUCCGACAAACCUUCUCACUGUCCCGCCCGGAACUUGCAAUUCUUGUCUCAGACCCUGUCGGAGCGACAUAUGUUAUCUAUAGACCUCAAUAAGAGACAUGAUCUGCACAUUGGCGACAGAAAGAUAUCUGGCAGCGCCAGCCGUAUCAUUAGAACAGGUUCCUUUCACCACUGCACACUGCUUGUGAACUCAGAUUUAGCGGCCCUCUCCGGCUUGCUACAAGGUGACAAAACACUGCAGGGCUCCUCCACCGCCUCAGUGCCCAGCCCCACCACAUCACUACUCUCUGCUUUGUCACGUGACGUCACUCCCCAAUCACGUGACGUCAUCAGUGCUAAACAUCAUGACGUCAUAACUCCUCGUAAUAUAAUAGAUGACGUGGCGGAAGAAUACUUGUCUCUUUAUUUUGAGAGUAUACCCGCUGAGGUAGAUUUAUGGAGUGAGGAUUGCACUCAGGAUACCGACAAUACUUUGGUUCUGGUUGAAGAAGUUCCGGAUAAAGUUAUAGAUCACGAUCAUGAAUCGUGGGACUGGAUAUUCGGCAGAUCACCAAAGUUUGUAAAACAGUUUGAGCUAGGUAAUGAUAGAACUGUGCCAGUGUCAGUAGAGAGAGGCCUGGUGAAGGAAGUAGACGGUUCAGAAAAUAGUAAUCUAGUUGGAACGAGAUAUGAUCCUGGAGUUAUUUCACGAUUCAUAAGUGAGCUCAACAAGAGCCAAAUUUCGUAACAUUAAGCUUGUAAAUACGCUUCAAAUUAUUUGUUAAAUCGAUUGGAGGAUGGGCCAUUGUCCCCAAAGCUUAUUUACUUUGUACAUGAUUCGGUAUAGACUAUAGGUUGCUUUUUAUCAGGAAUUUGAAUUGUAAGAAAGUUAAAAUGUAUAUUCACGGGUAGACUUUAUUUUUAUAUAGACUGAUGAUUUAUUUUUAUUCCGUCAUUUGUUUAGAGAUGAUCAACGUUUGAGUAAUUAUAUUAUUCAAUAAACAUGAAGCUUGUCGAAAGUC